GACGGAGCGAGACAGCGGCCAAGAUGAACCUGGAGCUGCUCGAGUCCUUUGGACAGAACUAUCCUGAGGAGGCCGAUGGGACGCUGGACUGUAUCAGUAUGGCUUUGACGUGUACCUUUAACAGGUGGGGCACUCUGCUUGCAGUGGGCUGUAACGAUGGCCGCAUUGUCAUCUGGGACUUCUUGACGAGAGGCAUAGCCAAAAUCAUAAGUGCCCAUAUCCACCCUGUCUGUUCUUUAUGCUGGAGUCGAGAUGGUCACAAAUUGGUGAGUGCUUCAACUGAUAACAUCGUAUCACAGUGGGAUGUUCUGUCUGGAGACUGUGACCAGAGGUUUCGGUUCCCUUCACCCAUCUUGAAAGUUCAGUAUCACCCCCGAGACCAAAACAGGGUUUUGGUGUGUCCCAUGAAAUCUGCACCAGUGAUGCUAACGCUGUCUGAUUCAAAACAUGUUGUUCUACCUGUGGAUGAUGACUCCGAUCUGAAUGUGGUGGCCUCUUUCGACAGGCGAGGGGAAUAUAUCUAUACAGGCAAUGCCAAGGGGAAGAUCUUGGUCUUAAAAACAGAUACUCAGGAUCUGGUUGCUUCCUUCAGAGUAACAACUGGAACCAGCAAUACCACAGCUAUUAAAUCAAUAGAAUUUGCCCGGAAAGGAAGCUGCUUUUUAAUAAACACAGCUGACCGAAUAAUCAGGGUAUAUGAUGGUCGGGAAAUACUAACCUGUGGGCGAGAUGGAGAGCCUGAGCCAAUGCAGAAGCUUCAGGAUUUAGUAAACAGGACACCAUGGAAGAAGUGCUGUUUCUCUGGGGAUGGGGAGUACAUAGUGGCAGGAUCAGCACGGCAGCAUGCUCUGUACAUCUGGGAGAAGAGCAUUGGAAACCUAGUGAAAAUCCUCCAUGGAACCAGAGGGGAGCUGUUGUUAGAUGUAGCAUGGCAUCCUGUCCGACCAAUCAUCGCUUCCAUUUCCAGUGGUGUUGUGUCAAUAUGGGCUCAGAAUCAAGUGGAAAACUGGAGUGCCUUUGCCCCUGACUUUAAAGAGUUGGAUGAAAACGUAGAGUAUGAAGAGAGGGAGUCAGAGUUUGACAUUGAGGAUGAAGAUAAGAGUGAGCCAGAGCAGACAGGUGCUGAUGCUGCAGAGGAUGAGGAAGUGGAUGUAACCAGUGUAGAUCCUAUUGCUGCCUUCUGUAGCAGCGAUGAAGAACUGGAGGACUCCAAGGCAUUGCUGUAUUUACCUAUUGCUCCUGAAGUGGAAGACCCAGAAGAAAACCCUUAUGGACCCCCACCUGAUGCUGUCCAGACCUCCCUAACUGAUGAGGGAAUAGGCUCCGAGAAGAAGAGGCAGUCGUCAUCUGAUGGACCUCAGCCACCAAAGAAGAAACCCAAAAUGACCAACAUUGAACUGCAAGGAGUGCCUAAUGAUGAAGUCCAUCCGCUGCUGGGUGUGAAGGGAGAUGGUAAAUCCAAGAAGAAGCAAGCAGGCAGGCCUAAAGGAUCAAAAGCAGGUGGUGCAAUCUCAGAACUGUUAUGAAGACAUUCUGCUUUCUCUUCCUCUGUUCUUUCCU